CCAGGCUUUAUAAAACGGGCCGGACCUCUCCUCGGAGAUUCAGUGUUUCAGUGUCCUUCCUACUACUGUACUCUUUUUCUUGUGCAGUGAAUUCAAGAACUCUCAGCUCCUCCCCCCUGCCCUGCAUCAUGGCUCUUUUUCUCACCCUGUUGGUAGGCUGCGCAGUAAGCGCAUUGGGAUCUCGCCCCUCCUAUGGGUACCACCCGCAGCCGUCAUACGGGAAGCACAGCUACUGCGACCCCCGGGCCGCACCCGUCUGCUCCAAGAAUGGCACCCUCAUGUUCUGCCUCGAGGACACCGAGUAUCCCCUCUACGACAUCAAGGGAGCGAUCAGCAGCGACCCGCUGUUCGCCAAGAAGUUCUCAGAUCUGCCAAAGCAAAGCGCCGAUGACCUGGUCGAAGGACUGACAAAGGAGGAGGAAGAUGCCUUCGAUUACUCCUUCUACACAGGGGCAUCCACUGGGAAGUCCCCGUACGAUGUCACCCACUGGUCUGGUCCGGCCGGCUACAUUUGCCCAUCAGAAGUGGUCUACUGCAAGCCACGCCGUGCCAAGAACGUAGCCGGGGAAUGGCGCGUGAUCGUGAACGACGACCACUAUUACAAGCAGACGCUGCGAGUGGAGACCUGUGAGCACCCCGAUGCCGCUUGCCGCCUCGUCCCCAUCUGCGUCAAGAACAAAUGCACCCAGAAGUACGUCUACCACCGUCUCCUGUCCUUCGACCCCUGCGAUCCCUACAAGGGGCUCUUCAUCGACGUCUACCGCUUCCCGUCCGCCUGCUCCUGCCACAUCAUGGCUUGAGAAUGAGUUGAUUUGGAAGCUACCGUCGGAGAUUCGCCGUCGAGUCACCCGUGUCCGUCAGACAUCGUCGCUAUUCGCUCGCUCGCUCGCAUGCACAGGGGGCAAUGUCGGUUCGAAUUCUCUUAAGUUGGCUUCUGAGUUUGCUCUCCUUUCUCUUUCUCGAUUCUAGUCCACGUGGCGCGAGGUGCUGAGAGUUCUUGAUUCCUGCCAAAAUAAAGCCUUCUUCCUCAC